AUGCAGGUGAUCAACGUGGAGUGGGGGCAGAGGCCUGAGGCCAUGGGCUUCACCCACUCUUUCCUACUCACUGUCAUGGGCUAUGACCGCUAUGUGGCUAUCUGUCAACCACUGCACUACAAUGUGCUCAUGAGCCCCCAUGGCUGUGCCUGUCUGGUGGCCUGGUCCUGGGUUGGUGGCUCCAUGCUGGGGACUGUGGUCACAACAGCCAUAUUCAACCUCACCUUCUGUGGCCCCAAUGAGAUCCACCAUUUUGGCUGUCACAUGACACCUCUGUUGAAGUUGGCCUGUGGAAAAAAUGUGCUGUUGGUUGCCAAGGGUGUGGGCCUAGUGUGUAUCUCAGCCAUGCUGGGCUGCCUCCUCCUCAUCCUCCUCUCCUAUGCCUUCAUUGUGACUUCCCUCUUGAGGAUCCCACCAGCUGAAGGGUGGCACAAAGCCUUCUCCACCUGUGCAUCCCACCUCACAGUGGUGAUCGUGCACCAUGGCUUUGCUUCUGUCAUCUACCUCAAAACCAAGGGGCCCCAGUCCCUGGAAGGAGACACUUUGAUGGGCAUCACCUACACAGUCCUCACACCCUUCCUCAGUCCCAUCAUCUUCAGUCUCAGAAACAAGGAACUGAAGACCACCAUGAAGAAGACUUUGCUGAGCAAACUCUACCUUGAAAAAAUAUAA